AUGGCCGGAGCUCUGCUGGCGCUGCUGCUGCUGCUGCUGCCCCCCCCGGGGCUCGGUCAGUGCCCCCUCGGCGCCCCCGCCCCCCUCGGAGCCCCCCCCCCGCUGCGACCCCUCCCUGGCGCCCAUCGAGGGGGGGCGGGGGAGCUGGUGGGGGGAGGGGAGGUGCUGCUCUACCGCUGCCCCCCCGGCAGCGCCCCCUCCCCCACCGCCCUGCGCCGCUGCGGCCCCGACGGAGCCUGGGACCCCCUGCCCGGGGGGGGGGCGGCGGGACCCCCCCGCUGCCAAGCCGUGUGGUGCCCGGGCCCGCUGGAGUUCGAGCACGGCUGGUUCUUCCCGCGGGGGGGGCGGCACCCCCCGGGCUCGGUGCUGCGCUACGGCUGCGCGGGGGGGUUCAGCCUCCGGGGCCCCCCCGAGCGCCGCUGCGGCCCCGGGGGGCGCUGGGAGGGGCCCGACCCCGUCUGCGACGAUGGAUCCGGUGACUGCCCCGCCCCGGCCGUUCCCCCGGGGGGCUCCAUGGAGGGGUCCCGGGCCCGGUUCUCGGUGGAGGGCGUGGUUCGGUUCCGGUGCCGCCCGGGGCUGCAGCUCGUGGGCUCGGCCGAGCGCCGCUGCCUCGAGGGGGGCGCGUGGAGCGGCACCGAGCCCCGCUGCCGAGUCCCAAAUUCCUUCGACACCCCCGAGGACGCGGCCGAGGCGUUCCUGGCCUCCCUGACCCAGACCGUGGAGGCGGCCGAGGCCAACCGCAGCCAGGAGGCCACGGCCAAGCGGCGGAUCCGGCUGGAGGCGGGCGCGGCGCUGAACGUGUUCCUGGUGCUGGACGCCUCGCGCAGCGUGCACGCGCAGGACUACGAGAACGCGCGCCACGCCCUGGCCGAGCUCGUGGAGAAGAUCGCCAGCUAUGGGGCGGCCCCGCACUACGGGCUGGUGACGUUCGGCUCCGAGCCCCGCGUGGUUCUCAGCCCCACCGAGCCCAACGCCACCGACGCGGCCGCGGUGCGGGAGCGAUUGCGGGGGCUGCGCCUGGACG